GGUAAACACAUACGUAUAAAUUCGGAACAAGCUCAAUGCCAUGCAGAGAUCGAGACAUGAUUAGAGAAAUGAAGGGACUCGUGGUCUUGUUCUCACUGUUUCUCCUCAACGCAGCUGAAAGACAAGAUCUUUCAGGUAAAAUGUUCACAUUUCCCGUGGAGUCCAACACUCAUCACGUGGUCCUCAGUCCUGAGACGAAUAAGAUCUUCUUCGCUGUUACUGUGUGUCUGCGUGCCUUCUCCGACAUUUCCAGAGCUCAGAGCCUUUUCUCACUUUCUCUGCCAUCGACGGCCAAUGGAUUUUUAAUUUACAAGCAGAAGCAAGGGGUGUAUCUGUUAAAUAUAUUAGAUAAGGAUGACACGUUUUGGGGCUUGCAGGACGAAUCCAAUGCCUGGAAUUCAGUGUGCGCUACCUGGGACGCUAGCACAGGACUCGCUCAGCUGUGGGUCGAUGGAAUCCCGAGUUCACGAAAAGGAAUCAAGGCAGGAAGCUCUUUAGCUGGAGCUCCUAAAAUCAUUUUGGGUCAAGAGCAAGAUUCUUACGGUGGAAAAUUUGACACCGCCCAGUCGUUUGUAGGGAUGCUGACCGAUGUGCACAUGUGGGACUCUGUUCUGUCUCCUCAUCAGAUCGCAUAUUAUACAUAUGGUGGGACGUUUCAACCAGGCAAUGUUCUCAACUGGAACUCCUUAGAAUUCAGUAGAAAUGGGUACGUGGUCACUGAAAGUAAGGAAACUUCACAUAAAGCUGGUAGUGUUUAGACUCUAGAGUCAACUCAGACUAGAUGUCGUACAAACUAGAUGUUUUCUCUGAAUACUCUAUAUCGUAAGAUUGUAUAUAUUUUUUCCCCCAUACAUAGUAUUUUGCAUGAUUUUUUUUCCUUCUGUAAAAUGUAUUUGUUUAUGUUAAAUUUGUGCUUGGGGUGUAGACGGAAAUUGUUCAUCUGUAAAAAAAAAAAUUCUCUGUUAACAUGCUUAGAAAUAUUGACACUCGCGAUUGUAAUAUUUGACAGAAUUUAAAACAAGAAUGUGUUUGUUUUUUUUUUUUUUUACAAUUACCGUUUUGUUUAGUCACCUGAAUCAAUCUUGUGUGAACAUUCAAUAAAGAUUUAAUGGCAUCACAGUUUUAACUUCUUGGCAAAGGAA